CCGGGCAGCAGGGAGAGGGCGGCGGCUGCGCCACCUGUCCCGCGUGGGCCCCGCCGGGCAAGCCCCACCCCUUCCCCGCCGGGCCCGGCCCCCCGGCCGGCCCUGGGAGCGCUGCGGCGGCCGCUCCCGCUCCGCGCCAGUAGGGGCCGCGUGUAGCCGCCGCCGCCGCUCCUCAGCGCCGGGCUCAAGCGCUGCGCGCCGGCUGCGCCCCGCCAUGCAGGACUACGAGGGGGUCACCGCCUUCCUGGGCGAGUGGGGCCCCUUCCAGCGCCUCAUCUUCUUCCUGCUCAGCGCCAGCAUCAUCCCCAAUGGCUUCACCGGCCUCUCCAUCGUCUUCCUGGCCGGCGCCCCCGAGCACCGCUGCCGGCUGCCCCCCAGCGCCAACCUGAGCCGCGAGUGGCUCAACGCCAGCAUCCCCCGCGAGCUGCAGGGCGGCCGGGAGGGGCCCAGCAGGUGCCGCCGCUACCGCCUGGAGUCGCUGGCCAAUUUCUCCGCGCUGGGGCUGCAGCCCGGCAGGGACGUGGACCUGAGUCAGCUGGAGCAGGAGAAGUGCCUGGACGGCUGGGAGUACAGCCGGGAGCUCUACCUCUCCACCAUCGUCACCGAGUGGAAUCUGGUGUGUGAUGAUGACUGGAAAGCACCUUUAACUGCCUCCUUGUUUUUUGUGGGUGUACUGGUUGGAUCCUUUAUAUCAGGACAGAUCUCAGACAAGUUUGGCAGGAAGAAAGUUUUGUUUGCGACCAUGGGGGUGCAAACCGGCUUCAGCUUCCUGCAGGUCUUCUCUACCAGCUGGGAGAUGUUUUCAGUGCUCUUUGUCAUCGUUGGCAUGGGACAGAUCUCUAACUAUGUGGCAGCCUUUGUACUUGGCACAGAAAUUCUUGGCAAAACAGUUCGUAUUAUAUUCUGCACAUUAGGCGUUUGCAUAUUUUAUGCAAUUGGCUACAUGUUGCUGCCACUGUUUGCUUACUUCAUCAGAGAUUGGCGGAUGCUGCUUCUGGCUCUUACUUUACCUGGGCUGCUUUGCAUUCCACUGUGGUGGGUCGUUCCAGAAUCUCCCCGGUGGCUGAUCUCUCAGGGAAGAGUACAAGAGGCAGAAAUCAUCAUCCGAAAGGCUGCAAAAACAAAUGGUAUUACAGCCCCAGAUGUAAUAUUUGACCCUAUGGAGCUGCAGGAAAUGACUUCCCAGAAGCACCAGACGCACACCAUUUUGGACCUAGUGAGGACAAAAAAUAUUCGAUUUGUCACUAUUAUGUCAGUGAUUAUUUGGAUGACAAUCUCUGUAGGCUAUUUUGGCCUCUCACUUGACACUCCUAACUUGCAUGGUGAUGCCUACGUAAACUGCUUCCUCUCAGCGGUUAUUGAAGUUCCAGCAUAUAUUAUAGCCUGGGUGCUUCUCCGAAAUCUCCCCCGACGAUAUUCGAUGGCUGCUGCAUUAUUCUUGGGAGGCUGCGUCCUUCUCUUCGUUCAGCUGGUCCCUCCACACCUUCACAUCCUGUCCAUUAUCUUGGUGAUGCUGGGUAAAUUUGGGAUCACGUCUUCCUUUUCAAUCGUUUACGUUUAUACUGCUGAGCUGUACCCAACAGUCGUGAGGAAUAUGGGAGUUGGAGCCAGUUCCAUGGCCUCCAGAUUGGGCAGCAUCCUCUCACCUUAUUUUGUUUACCUUGGUGCCUAUGACAGAUUCCUGCCUUACAUCCUCAUGGGAAGCCUGACUGUGCUGACGGGAAUCCUUACUCUGUUUCUGCCAGAAAGUUAUGGUACGCCACUCCCAGACACCAUAGAGCAGAUGCUGCGGGUUAAAGGACUCAAGUACAGACAAACAUCUAAUAGCACAAGGGUUUCAAAGGAUGAAGAAGAAAGCCCAGUGAUUCUUAAAAGCACUGCUUUUUGAUGACACUACACUGUAUACUUCAUGAUGGAUUGAAAAGUAAAUUUACUUUUCUUUUAAUUUUCCUUCCGGAAAGGGCUAGUAGCAACACUUUGUGUCCUGUAAUUAUAAACUUAUUUAUUAAAUGAAAAACUGUUUUCAGUACGUUCUUUUUAUAUGAACGUAGAUACUGUAUUAUCCCUUUGUGAGAUCUCCAUCCACAGUCGUUUAAUGUGUCAUAAACACAGAACUAUGUUGGAUAAACUCAGUUUAUAAUUUUAAGAAUGACUAUGAUACUCUUACUGUAGACCUCAAUAUCUAAAAGGUGCUUGUCACUGAGUGCUGAUGGAGUGAAUUCAGUCCUUAAUGAGCUUAAGAUAACUCAUGUUAACAAGAGUUAAAAAUUGCCAGCUCUUUUCAAAUUGUAAGUAAAGGCUGCCAGUGACACUGGAUUUCUCGACAUGCACAAACACACAUAUCUGCCCCCGGGCAGGGAGCUUGUUAUAAAGUAACAAAGGUGGUGAAAAUACCUGGCUUGGCAAUUUUACAUCAGAACAUAAAUCAUACACAGGUGGCUUUGCACAUGAUUAAUUCCUGAACAAGUUCAGGGAUGAAAAAAGAAAAACUCUGACAAAUGAAUUUGAAAACUUGACUUUAUUUUAGCUGGAAAUGGAUUGAGAUUUUCUUGCACAAAUCAUUUGCAAUAUUUGAGUUUUGCUAGCAAAGUAAUUCUGAUUGUUUUCAAAUAUCUUUUUAAUGUAACCACAGGGUGAAGUUGUUUACAUCUGGUAUUGGGGUGUGUCCUAUUCCAGGUGCUUAUUUAUUUUUAAAACUAUAAAUAGGUUUCAUCUGUAUUUCUUUUAUCCUUUUAGGAUACAGUAUGUAAGCUAAUCCUUCUUAGUUUCUGUACAGUUUGAUUCGGGGCAUUAUGUCUAUUUUCAAAACUUUCUGUUUUGUUCUUUUUUGUCAGUUUCCUCAACAUGGAGGGCUAAAUUCCACUCUCAGGUGUACGCUGUGCACCCACAUAAAAUUGAAUGUGAGGGGUUACAUGGGUAUAAUUAAGAUCAAUAUUUAGCCUUAAGUCCUGGCCAUAAGCUCAACUAAGAGCCAAGAAUGUCAUUUCACAUGUUCUGUUUUCUCACAAAUAUCAUGAAAUCAGUGGAAAAAAAAUGUAAAGAGCAAAACCAAGAAAUCGUGUUGAAAAUCUGCCAAGAGCCAAUUCCUUUGAUUGCAGAAGCUGCCUUGAUAGCAUUUGUGUUUCAGGAAAACUUCGGUUUCUCUCUCAUUUGGACAAUGCUGAACACACAUUUCUUCACACUGGGACAGGUUUAAAAAAUGAAUUUCAUGAAGCAUUUUGUGGUACUUUAACUUUUUUGGAACAGUUUAAUGAAUAGAGUCUUACCUUUCAGUAAUCAAAGCUGUUAGAGGCUUUUCUUUCUGGAAAAGCAGCUAUUUACAAACGUUAAACAUUUUACUACUGUGUUAAAUUUAGCAGCAGCUAAUUAUCCUGAUAGCCACGGUGCCUUAUUCUCUCCCUGAAGACCAUGCUGUAGCAACACGUUUGGUACAGUGCCUCCUGCCUUAUAGAAGUACGUUGUAAACCCUUCCUCUCUUUCUUGUCCUUACUGUGUGCAUGCACAUUGCAUGUGCUGUAUGUGUGUGAGUUGAACCUGAUCUGAUUCUGCCUGCUCACAGCUAAAGUUGUGAGAUUUUAUGUACCUUAGCCCUCUCUAUUAAAUCUCUAUCAGAUGUGCCAUUGGUAUGUCUUUCAUCAUCUGAUGGAAGUAACUGGAAGUUGUGUUUUGGGGUAUAGAACUGACAAAUUAUCCUAUCUAAAAGGGAGCUGCAAGUAACAUGCAAGGCCCCUAUUAACUUUUAAAAGGAGAUUUGUUGUUUCUCGCUCUGCCCUUCUGCAUUUCCUUGUCCUGUUAGGGCCAUUAUGAAAUUUUGAGUGAGAUUUGCAAAAUUGACACAGGUCAAUACCAUUCUGUACAGUGGUCUCAAAUCAUACACCACUGCCUUAUAAAAUCCACUUGGCAGGGACUUGUCACUCUGUCAAGACAAGAGCGUCUCCUUUGAGUCUGCUUUGGGUAACUUUGGUUACAGUGUUUUGGCUGUAUUGGCAUUUUCCCCUCCUAAGAAUUGCACUUUGCAACAUUCCGACCAGAAGGGCACAAACAGCCUCUUAGAGCAUAUGUCUACACUUUGCACUGGGGGUGUAAUGCCCAACUCUAGGAGACACGCCUGCGUUAGCUGGCAGUGGGCUAGCCUGCUAAAAACAAAAUGUAGCUGCAGCAGUGCGUGUGGCAGGAGGGGCUAGUAGCACCAAACACGUGGAAUUACACCUCGAGGUCAAAGUGCAGACAUACUGACUUUCUGUGUCCUAUGCAUGAGAUCAUUGGAAUCUGUUCUAAAAUAUAACGUGAAGUCUUACAGCAUGUGGGCUUUUAAUUGAUGCCUAAUCUAAAACGGGAAUUAACUCCUGGCCGAGGUCUGAAAUGCCCUUAACACCUCAUUUAGCUGUUACUUUCUCCACUGAUUUAUUCCAUUAUGUCACUGGACAAUGAGAUUUUCUUUUUUAAAUGUUCCAAUGUUUACUGAGCAAUCUUGAGGACAAUGGUUGAGCCAGCUGAACGGGGAAUUUCUCAGUUGUGAUGCAAGGUAGAUAUACCAUGGCAAUAAUGAACAAUUCUGAUAUCACAGCAUGUAUUUUAAUGCACAUUAGUCUUCUAAAAAUGGAAAAUAUAACACAAAAUAUCCUCCAUGCUUCUGUAGAGUGUAUGGAUAUUUAUGUCGUAUAUACUCGUUCAUAAGCCAAAUAUUUUUGGUAAAAAAGUGAUGCAUCAAAGAGCAGGGGUCGACUUAUAAACAGGUCUACACCAAAAUUUGAUGAUUUUAAACUCUAUGGAAUCAUAGGAUUGAAUAUCUAAAACAUUGUCAUUUUGUUUACCUGGAGUGUCUGCAGGCAUGGAGUGCCUCAGCUCCUUGUAGCCACGGUUCACCAUUCACAGUGGCGCAUGACUUCCUGCAACUCCCAUUGGCUGUGGCGAAC